GGCUCUAACCCUGUCGAAGGAACUUUGAAACGCAAAACAAAGCUACAACAACUUUGGAAAUUCAAUGAUACUGCAGCAAGUUCAUCAAAAUGUAAGGGCAAUGUCGUCUGUGGAAAACUCAGACAAUGUCUACAGUAGUGAGGAUGAAGAUGACAUUCUGGCCACUAUGGCAACGCGGUCUGGUUUACCACAGAAAGCAACCAGUAUACAAGGAAACUUUACGACCGCUGAUACUCACAAGAUCAUGAAUUCUGACACGUCAGUGGCUACUGUAAAGAUGUCAGGUGGUGUCAUGAGGCAGGGUGGUAGUCUGUUUGAUUCUUCGGAUUCAGAAGAUGAAGACCUAAUGAAAAGUCAUGAAAAAGCAUCUGAGAUCUUAGAUUUCAACCGACAAUCUGAGUCAAGAAAAGGCACGUUUAAGAAAUCUGUUGAUUCCCUGACAUCAUCAAUAAAUACAUUACAGUCUUCCAAGUCAGGGUCAUUUGUUUCAGUUAGGAAAGCUUCAGAUGUGAAUGUGGGACUUAGUAAUGGGGCAUCAGAUGGACAUGUGAAUGAUAGACAUCAUUCAUCAGGCUCCAAUGCAGGAAGUGAUACACCCUCAAGUUAUAAAGACACUAGAUUUAACCCUUUUGACCGUGAUUUACACAUGGAAGAGGAUCAUUUUGAGAAACAAAAAGAGGACCAGUUAGGAAGAAUUAAAUCAGGCUCCAAUGGAAGUUCCUCCUGGACUCAGCCCAGUGCCCCAACUUCCAGGAGCAGUGACGACGUCACCUUUGCAGACCUGGGCCUUGCAGAGGACCAUUUUGCUCAACCUGAGGGCUGCUUUGGGAUGAGCAGUUCAGAGGAGCUGGAACUGGCAAUUGAGACUUGCAAGGAAAUGAUAUUAAGGGCCACCAAAGACUCUGACAAACAGAAGAACUUGGUGAAGACGUUGAUUCAGCUCAGGUUGAAGCUUCAGGAUCUCAAGGAGGACCCACUGCCUGUGGAGGAAGGAGUAAAGCAGGUGGUGGGACACAAAUUUGUGCUUAGUUCUGGGGCAGGCUCCAAACACUACUGUGAGAAAUGCAAUGCUGUGAUAUGGGGGGUGCUACAACAGUGGUACAAAUGCUCAGAGUGUGGUUAUCGAGCCCACAUCAAGUGCCUUAACCAGAUCACACGUACAUGUGCCAGUGUGCGUGUACAGGAGGACCCUGUGUACAACCUGGCCAUAUGUGAGGAGCAGGGGCUCUCUGCACAGAACUAUCGAUGUGCAGAGUGCAGGGCUGCCAUAUCAUAUAAGUCGGGCUUCAGUGAACCUCGUGUAUGUGACUACUCUGGAAACUACUACUGUGAGCUGUGUCACUGGAAUGACACAAUGCUGAUACCGGCGCGGGUGCUCCACAACUGGGACUUUGAUGAGUGGAAGGUGUGCCGGGCCUCCAAGCAGUUUCUCAAGCUGAUGUCUAAGAAGGCAGUGAUCCGUAUCCAGGACAUCAACCCAAUGUUGUUCAGCUUUGUGGAGGAACUCAAUGAAGUCAAAAAACUGCGUGAAGAGUUGCUCAUCAUGAAGAAGUAUAUCCUACAGUGCUCAGCUGCCAUGGAGAUGAAGCUGUUACUGCAGCUACAGAGGAGGCAGCACUUUGUGGAGAAUUCAGACAUCUACAGCAUGCAAGACCUAGUAGAUGUGCAUGGGGACCUGCUGCUACCAGAACUGGCUCAGGUGCACACUUCCUGGGCCCAGCAUAUCAAGACAGACUGCGAGGUGUGCCGAGGCAAAGGAUUUUUGUGUGAGAUUUGUAAGACGGAUGAGAUACUGUUCCCGUUUGACAACAUUGCUGUUGUGUGUGCAGAUUGCUCAGCGGUGUUACACAGACAUUGCUUUGCAAAGAGGAGCGGGGCCUGUCCAAAAUGUGAACGACUGAACAAACGCAGAAACAUAUGAACAAAAUUGCAAGCUUACAAUCUUCCCUUUUCCAUCAAAAGUCUACAACAUAUUGUAUGACCAAAGUUUGCCCGAAACAAUUGGUGUGAGUGAGGACAAUAAAAAAGCGAGUUUUAUUCCAUUUUUGAUAAAAAUCAUAAAUGAGCACAAAGCACUGAUUAAAAUUACUUGUCUGAUGAUUUAAAUAGAUAUGAAUGCAUUUAAAGCGUUGUCAGUAUCUUUUUAUGUCCCCCACUAUAGUAGUGGGGGACAUAUUGUUUUUGCCCUGUCUGUUGGUCUGUUGGUCUGUUGGUUGGUUUGCGCCAACUUUAACUUUUGCAAUAUUGAAGAUAGGAACUUGAUAUUUGGCAUGCAUAUGUAUCUCAUGGAACUGCACAUUUUUAGUGGUGAAAGGUCAAGGUCAUCCUUCAAGGUCAAAGAUAUGGGUCAAAAUCGCUCAUUUAAUGUAUACUUUUGCAGUAUUUCAAUAUUCAAGAUAGCAACUUGAUAUUUGGCAUGCAUGUGUAUCUCAUGGAGCUGCACAAUUUGAGUAGUGAAAGGUCAAGGUCAUCCUUCAAGGUCAGAUGUCAAGUAUAUGUGGCCAAAAUCGCUCAUUUUAUGAGUACUUUUGCAAUAUUGAAGAUAGCAACUUGAUAUUUGGCAUGCAUGUGUAUCUCAUGGAGCUGCACAUUUUGAGUGGUGAAAGGUCAAGGUCAUCCUUCAAGGUCAGAGGUCAAAUAUAUGUGGCCCAAAUCGCUAAUUUUAUGAAUACUUUUGCAAUAUUGAAGAUAGCAACUUGAUAUUUGGCAUGCAUGUGUAUCUCAUGGAGCUUCACAUUUUAGUGGUGAAAGGUCAAGGUGAAGUAUAUGGGUCAAAAUUGCUCAUGUAAUGUCACUUCUGCAAUAUUGAAGCUAGCAAUUUUAUAUUUGAAAUGCAUGUGUAUCUCAUGGAGCUGCACAUUUUGAGUGGUGAAGGGUCAAGAUCAAGGUAAUCCUACAAGGUCAAACGUCAUAUAGGGGGACAUUGUGUUUCACAAACGCAUCUUCUUUUAAAGUCUUUUAAACAUCUGGUUGAUGUGUUGCCUUAAUGGAAAAUCCAAUAAUAUUGUUUGAAGCAGGAGCCUUCAUCUGAAUUUUGUUAGUGAUUUUUUUCAAUUAAGUACAAAUGUGUCUUGUUCUGAGAAAACUGGGCUUAAUUCAUGUGCGUAAAGUGUCGUCCCAGAUUAGCCUGUGCAGUCCGCACAGGCUAAUCAGGGACAACACUUUACGCCUAAACUUGAUUUUCGGUAAGGAGGGACUUCCUUGAAACUAAAAAUACCAUAAAAGCGGAAAGUGUCGUCACUGAUUAGCCUGUGCGGACUGCACAGGCUAAUCUGGGACGACACUUUACGCGCAUGAAUUAAGCCCAGUUUUCUCAGAACAAAACACAAAUAAUGUGAUUAUCAUAACAGUGUUGGCAAAUUGUUGUAAGAUUUUUAAGCUUAUAUGUUAAUAUAUAUUUACAAUAGAUUUAAUUGUGACCUAUAUUUGUAUGAUCCAUGUGUUAUGUCUAGAUCAUGACUUAGUGGUCUGAUUAGAAAAUGGAAUGUUAUGUAACUGUUUAUGAUGCUUAUUUGACAGACCUAAUUGCAUGUGAUACAAGUGUUCAAUGAUAAUUCACGUUC